UGGGGCUAGUUCAUCUGACGGAUCAGGUACUAGUUAACUGCUCUAGUGGCAAUCCGCAAAAACCUACUUCAAGAUCACGUCCCCGGACAUGAUCUCGGGAUACUGGUGUAAACUUCGACAGGUGCCGCUUAAGGUCUUACCAUUCUGUCGAGUCCCAGUCAUUUUUUAUCGGGUACCUAACGCGUCCGUUAGGAUUUUUCUUCGUAUCUGUUGAUACGGAAAAUAGUAGCAAUCCGCCGUCAGAGACGGUGCCACGCCGCUCAGAACGGAUCUGGGGUCUUACCUUCGCAAAGUUUUGCGGCAUUCAGAGAUGUAUUCGCGACUUUUAGCGCUCUGAGAAUAUUUUGUCGAGUGCUUUUCGACUGCUGGAAUAGCACAUUUUAUCGAGUCAUAUUUGAUAACUUUUUUCGUCUUCCCGAUGGGAGUAUAUGUAGAGUUAUCUGUAUAACUCGAAAUAUACUCACUCGUACUUCUUUCUUUUAAUAAAAAUUCAUCGGGCACGCGAACAGCGUUCCCGAUGGGAGUAGCCCCCGAGGCUACAGCCAAGGACUUGUGCUUGGGUGUAGGCUCCACAGAUUAGUAUUCCUUGCCGCUAUAUUUAUAAUCCUUCUCGAUAUUUUUAUAUUUAUCGGGUGCGCGACCAGCGCUCCCGAUGGGAGUAGCCCCCGAGGCUAUGAACAAAUACUUGUAUUUGAUCAUAGGCUCUCGCCAUUUCUAUCUUGUCAGACUCGAAUUUUCUUUUUUCCAGAGUAGCCCCCGAGCGUUUGGGCAAAAACUUGUAUUUGAUCAAAGGCUCCCGAGAUAAUCUUAUGUUGUCGAUAAACUUUUGAAACCUCAUAGUCGAAGCUUUUCUUUUAUCUUGACGACGUCAUUGCUGAUGAUAGCCACGAUUUCUAUUUUGGAAACUGACCAUUACCGCUUUUUUCGCUGCCUUGUGGGUCCCAAUUCCUGAUCUAACGGACACGUCGUGCAAGUGGGGGACACAUGUUCUCCCUUUUUUCUGGCACACGUUCUGUAACCUCGUCAAUGUUAAAAUACCUUAUUACCCUUGUUUUUCCACGUGGUAAUCAUCUCCCGCAUUCUUUUUCCAUCCAACGGUCCGCCGCUUCACCGCACCUCUAUAUAAGAUCCCCUUCUUCUUCCUCGAACACUUCCGCUCGCGCCGUUCCCCUGCUUUCCUCUGCAAAACUUCCUCCUGCGCUCCUCAGCUCUCGAAGCUCUUCUCUUCGCAACUACACUUCUCCGCCAUUGUUGAUGCCACCGCGUCGCUUGACCAGGCACAACACACCCGAUUCAUCGAUGGCUGCCGCGGAUCUAGGAGCCGCGGAGUGGGAGAGGUCCAAGAUCACGAACCAGGACCUGAAUCUCUUGAAGAAGCUGGGGAUUAGCAAGAAACCCAAAGCGGUUUGCUUCCCCAGUGAAGAAAGCUACCCAACCCCUCCAAUGGGGUAUCGGGUAAGUUUUGUUGAUCACCUCAUCCGCGGUCUUUCCGCCCCCAUUCACCCUUUUCUUCGGGGAUUACUUUAUGUUUAUGGUCUCCAAUUUCAUCACCUCACGCCCAACUCUAUCCUUCACAUUUCCAUCUUCAUCACCCUCUGCGAAGCCUUCCUUGGUGUCCAGCCUAACUGGGCAUUAUGGAAGCGCAUUUUCUUCUGUCGCCGUAAUGGCUCUGCCAAUGUCGCCUAUAAUAUAGGCGGCAUUGUUAUUUCUGUUCGCUCCUCUGUCAACUACUUCGACGUCAAACUCCCUGACUCCGUUCAAGGGUGGCGCAAGAAGUGGUUAUAUAUUCGUGAAGAAAACCAUGGAUGCGCUGAAGACAACAUUCCUCCUUUUGACGGUGCCGAGAAAAUCCUUCGCCGCCGUUCUUGGGACGCAGAAGCUACCGAGGAAGAAAGAACUUCGACGGAGGCCCUGAUGACCCGCAUCCAUGAGUUGCAGAAUACUCGCGGAAAAGAAUUAUCAGGCAUCCAAAUUACGGCGUAUUUCCUUAGGACUAGAGUGCAGCCUCUUCAUGCUCGCAAAAACCCUUUCUGGAAUUAUGCUGGCGAUGAAGAUGCAGAUCGCUUGUCGACGAAUCUAGAAGUCAAAGAUUUGGAUAGGCUUAUCCGAAAAAUUUCAUCUCUCAAGAAGAAAGAUUCUAUCCCUUCCACUUAUCGCGUGCAACCAUACAGCGCCGCCAAUGCGCUUCCUAAGGUAAAAAUUGUCGCCGUAAUUUGUUAUUGUCUUGCUAUUUGUGUUAUUACUCCUUUCUGACAUCCUUCCUUCUUUUAUACAGGACCACCCAAAUCUUGUUUCACUUCCUCCUCUUCCUGAAGGUGGGGAAGUCGAAGAAAGGGCUGUUAUCUCCGACGAUAACCAAGAUGCCCCCUCUUUUGCAAAUGAACCCGCAGAAUCUCGAAAAUCUGCGGGAUCUGACGAAAAGGAGGAUGCCUCUGAAGCCACUGCGUCGGCACAAUCUCCUCCUCCUGCUGUUUCUCCAAAGAACAAAAGGAAAAGGAAUGAUGCCGAAAAUUCCGGCACCUCCAAGGCCGAAGAAGUUGUUCCUUCUCGCCAAAAGGCAGCUUAUGAUCCAUACCUCGAGACUCUCAUCAGUUCUGAUGAUGAAGAAGAAGUACCAACUGCUGAUGUGGCUGCUCGAACGAGUACGUCACAUACAUUAGUCGCCUCGGAGACGCCAGUUGAAGGAGAAGAAACCUCGCCUCCUCGACAGAACGUCGGCGCUGCUACUCCUCCUUCAAGCCCCCUUGUCCCUUCACCAAAAAGGGCAAGGGUUGAAACAAUCCCGGAGCUUACUCUUCAAUCGAGUAGCUCUUCUAACCCUCUCUUAG